AUGGAUAUCUCAACCACUUUGAAUCCAAAUGAUCUUUUCUCCGCCAAGGGCCUAGUUGUCGUCGUCACAGGCGGAGGCAGUGGAAUUGGCCUCGCCAUAACCUCGUGUCUCAGCCAAGCCGGUGCGGCCCGCAUAUAUAUUCUUGGCCGCCGCCUAUCCACACUUCAGGAAGCUGCUAGCAGCGUCGGCAGUGCUGUUAUACCCGUGCAAUGCGAUAUCACUAGCCAUUCCUCCGUUUCCGCCGCUGUUGCAAAGAUAGAAACUGAGAUCGGCUAUAUCGAUGUUUUAAUCAAUAAUGCUGGUGUGCAGGGCCCCGAUCACAAGCCUGCUAGAGACGCAGAAACAAUAGAAGAUCUUCAAGUGAUAUUGCUCACGGAUCCGGAGGGCUGGCAGCCCACUUUUGCAGCUAACUCAAGCGCAGUUGUUGGAGUCUCCGCAGCCUUCUUGAAACUCCUUGAUGCAGGAAACAUACGGCGGGGCUGGGAAGGAGGGAAGAUUCCUUUGGGGCGAUCUCGGCGGCGGGAUACCGCAGGCUUUACCGAAGAUGGGACCCAAGUUAACGAUGAGAGGAGCAGUCAGAUAAUAACAGUUGGGAGUAUUUCUGGCCUUAACCGCUUUAUAACGGCGGGAUUAGCUUAUGGCGCGAGCAAGGCUGCGGCGAUUCAUUUGAGUAAGAUGUUGACUUACUUAUUGGCACCAUGGGGGAUCAGAAGCAACGUGAUAAAUCCUGGAGUCUAUCCUUCAAGGAUGACAGCUGGCACAAAUGACAACUACACCUACAUGGAAGUCCCCGCUGGUCGGAAAGGCGGCUAUCAGGAUAUUUGUGGCGUUUUAUUAUAUCUUGUAGGGAAGGCCGGAGCUUAUGUCAAUGGAAGUAUGGAGAAUACAGACGGGGGCCGCCUGAGCGUGAUGCCUGCAACAUAUUAGCCCUGGCUAAUUAAUGUUCGCAUAAGAUGUCGAAGGUGUUAUGAUUCGAGGCAGUUGCUGCUCAAGAACCACGCCGCAUCAUCGGAAAUAAUUCCCACACUAUCUCUACGAAGACCAAGUUGAUUUGCUUGAAUUUCUGAUGUAUAUCCCCUCAGAGAUUAGAAUGACCAAGCUUCGAUUGGUCUGCUGGAACAGUUUCCAUUCGCGGAGCACGGCACUCGCAACGACGCUGCGGACUGAUUCCAUUCAAGAUACAGCCGCGAACAUCUCCUGAUAGUCGAUGCCAAAUUUCUGUCGGUAGCCUUUCAUCACCAGUCACGCUUUCCGAAUCCCAUUAGGCUUAGUCUUAAAUACACACUUAAAGCCUAUGAUACAGCAUGAUCC